AAGCCCGCCCAGGUUUCGUCAUUAGUGCGUCUUUCUACUACCGGCGGAUCCGGCGAAGGUGAACGCCGUCUUCACUCUGGUUGCUAAGUUUCUCAGAAUGUCGGGAAUGGGGAGUGAUGAAGGUGAAAAUAUCAUUCCUUUCCAGCUACAGUUCGACAAGCCCAUACCUUUUCAGAUUAAGAUAGCUGAGUGGAACCCGGAGAAGGAUUUACUGGCAAUGGUUACGGUGGAUUCAAAGAUUUUGCUGCAUCGGUUCAAUUGGCAGAGAUUAUGGACUGUUUCUCCUGGAAAGCCUGUUACUUCUUUAUGUUGGCGUCCUGAUGGUAAAGCUAUAGCUGUUGGGCUUGAGGAUGGAACCAUUGCGCUUCAUGAUGUUGAGAACGGGAAGCUAUUAAGGAGCUUGAAGCCCCAUACUGUAGCUGUUGUGUGUCUUAACUGGGAGGAGGAUGGACAAUCCAAUAUGGAUAAAAUUGAAAAUUUCUCAGUUUAUGAGGACCGGACCUCCCGUUUUUUCCCUCCUGCUCCAAGAGCUCCAAAGGUGCCUGGACUGGUAGCUGGUGAUUCCAGUUUCAUGGAUGACGGUGAAGAUUCUUUGGCAGAACUAUCUAAUACCUCAUUCCGGAAGUUUAACAUUCUCUGCAGUGGAGAUCAGGAUGGGAGCAUAUGCUUUAGUAUAUUUGGAAUAUUUCAGAUAGGCAAGAUUAACAUACACGAGCUGUCUGUUCCUGUUCAGCAUCUGGAUGAGCAUGCCUCUUGCAAAAUAAUCAAUGCGUCUAUCCACAAGGUUGCUCUGUCGAAAGACCUUUGUCGUCUGGUAGUAAUGUGCACAGGAGAGCUUACAGAUUGUGAUAUCAAGCCCAAAGAGGAAAAAUUUAAUGUUCAAGAUCAACAUGGUUUACAUUGCCUUGCAAUGGACACAUCUAUAUUUUGGAAAAGGAAAUAUGAGCUUCAUCAGGUUGCUCAACAAGCUUCUAACAUUGAAGAUUUGACUGAGGUUAUUCGAGCAUCCCUGUCGGUUAUGAGCAAACAAUGGGCGGAUGCAAUGAAAACAUUUCAUGACAAGUUUCAUUCUCUUUCCACCUUGAUCGUAGAUAAUGGACUGGAAUCAUCUCCUCAAGAAGAAUUUCUUAGUCUUUUGGGUGGUGCGCGAAUAAGUCCAGCGCUUAAUCAGUUUCUAGUUAACUCUCUGGGCGAAGUGUUACUCCUUAAUGAAGCCACUGAGAAUGCUGGUCUUUUACUUGUACAAGUGCAACGAUUUAUGAUGGUACUAUCUUCUGUUGUCCAACAGUUCUCAAAUUUCUUCAACUGGCUUGUCAGAAGCAUUAAGUAUCUUAUGCAAGAACCAAAUGAUCAGCUUUCCUCAUACAACAGUGAACUCCUUGUAGUAUUUUUGAAGUUCUUAUAUGAUCAAGAUCCUGUGAAGGACCUCCUGGAGCUAUCUGAAGUUGGUGAUAGCAUUGAAAUAGAUCUAAAAACCAUUGGAAGAGUCAAAGAGUUACUUCAGUUUGGAGGGUUUCAAGACUGUGAUUUUCUGCAGAGGACAUUGGCUAAUGAAUUCCAACACAUGGAGUAUAGCUUCAAGACGGCUCUUCUAAUGCCCUUUACAACCAUAUCAAGAAAGAUAUCAUGUAUGAAGUUGUUGCCACUUUGCCCUCUUCAGUUGUCAACAACGCAAACACCUACACCAAUUCCCAUGUCUCUUACCUUCUAUAAGAAUGAACUUUCUGAUGACACGCCUUCCCAAAGUGGGUACACUGAUUACAUAUCUUUUCAAAUCCCCAAUGAAACCUUCCCGGACAUUCCGAACUGUAUUGGUAUAGCUAAAGGUUUUAAGCAGAACUCCAACAAUGAGAAAAAUGGUUAUACUUCUCUGGAAGCCGUUUUGUUAUCUGUACCUAAUGGCUACAGUUGUGUUGACUUGUCUCUCUACAAGGAUAAAGAACUGGUUUUACUAUUGAAUAAGACAAGUGCAAACUCCGAAGGCUCGGGAGAAGCAUGCAUGAUGGUUGUACAAACUAGUGACCUCCCAUUCAUUUCCAUUUCAAGAUCCAGUUGUCUAAACCAGUGGGAGCUAGAGGAUUUUAAGGGCUCGAUUGUUAACCUGGAAAUGGAGAAUGAAAAGGUUCGAAAAGUCCCACAUUCUGCCAUUGCUCCUCUAGCAGUAAGCGCUUCAAGAGGAGUGGCUUGUGUAUUUGCUGAGAGAAGACGUGCUCUGGUGUACAUAUUGGAAGAAGAUGAAGACGAAGAAAUCACUGAGGACAAGUAAAUCUCAUCUGACGUCCCUAUUUGGUUACUCUUAAGUUACCAAAGAUAAAACUUAAGGCUCAUAUAUGUAAAACGGUGUCGCUUCAUACUUUACGACUUUUGUUCACAAUUUCACACUUCACCACCAAGGUCUUCAUUUAAUUCAACACAAGUCAUAAUUAAA